AUGAAGUUCUCAACAGUUUUAUUUGCUGCUUUGCUUUCCCUUAGCAGUGCAGCUCCAGCGCCAGAAGUACACACCGUUUUUAUAACUGCAUAUACCACUGUAGUUGUUGACCAAAGUGGUGUUACUCAUACCCCAACUAUAGCCACCACAGAGACUGCUGAUGUUACUGCUGCUACCCAACAACAACAGCAACAACAACAAUUUUCAUCUGCCAAUGACGACCAGUCACCUGCCGCUGCUGCAACUUCAACUUCGCCAGCAAAACAACAAACAACUUUGACCAGCCAGACCAUUCCAUCAUCCUCAGCCCAACUAGGACAAGGAACUUCGCCAUCCUCUACCUCCUCACAAACACUGUCAGCAUCAUCAUCAUCAUCAGAACCAUCGGGAGCUAUCCAAUCGGGAGAAGGAACCUACUACAGCACCGGCUUAGGUGCAUGUGGUAAAACUAGCCAGGAUACCGACUAUAUCAUUGCCAUCUCACAUGAGAUGUACGAUGCUCACAAUGUUGGCAAUAAUCCAAACAACAACCCAUUGUGCGGUAAAAAGAUCAGAGCCUAUUAUGAAGGAAACUCAGUUGAUGUCACUGUCGUUGACCGUUGUGAAGGUUGCUCUUAUAACGAUCUCGAUUUUUCUCCAUCGGCAUUUUCUCAAUUGGCUGACCAGAGUUUAGGUAGAAUUGAUAUCACUUGGGAAUGGUUGUAA